UUUCUUCAUACUUGAAGGAGGGCUGGAUAAUUAACUAAGCCCCUUGUAAGAAAAUGACAUCAAAGUUGAAAUGUUGGAUCCACCAACCAAUUUUGAACGUUUCAACGAAAACAUCGCCUGUACUGAUAACUUCAGGGCUGUAAUCAGUAACUGUUGACCAAUGGUGUUCUCGCUAUUUGUAAUCACGUGCUACUGUGGCAUGAAUAUUCAGUGUAAUUUCGUAAGCAUUCUGGGAAAAUUUUUAAAGAUGGCGGCCUCCAUGAGCACAUGCCACAUCAGUUGCGCUUGUAAUCGGGUUCCACAUUGCGUGCAUUGGGGCACUAAUGGACUCGUUGCUUUUGGUACAUUUAAUGCUGUGGCACUGUAUGAAACAGAGUCAUCAGAUUCAGCGGGGAAAAUUUGCUGCCUGCUCAGCGGGCACAGAGGGAAGGUCAACUGCGUGAGGUGGAUAGAGUGUCCCUUCGUGGAGGAGACUGGACAGUUGGAACUUAGAGAGUUAGUGUCUGGAUCCCAGGAUGGUGUAAUCAUUGUGUGGAGACGGACUGGCACUCAGUACCAGCAACACGCCAGACUUACAGGUCACACGGGAGCCGUGACGGCUGUAGAGGCUGUCCACCUACCGGACUCAGAUGGCCAGCUCUCCCCUAGUUCAUCGACGCUCGUCGCCAGCGUGUCCGGCGAUUCUACUGUGAAACUCUGGCAGAGGGCUGACAUAGGUGGCGAGUUUUCCUGCCAGCAGAGCAUUGCGCUCGGCAGCGGCUUUGCCCUCGAUGUGGCAUUGCACGUUCUACCUGGCACAAGCGUGCCGUUGCUUGUCCUAGGCGGGGACGACAUGAAACUGCAUUUUUACCAGGAAGCCGGCGGCCACUUCACAAAAUGUCUGUCUCUUGGCGGGCACGAGGACUGGAUCAGAGGGGUAGAAAUAACCGCUGACGAUAACGGCGACCUACUCGUGGCCAGUUGCGCCCAAGAUUGCUUCAUCCGUCUGUGGAGAGUCGUGGCGGACCACAGCAGAGAUGCAAAACAGGAUGACGGUGAGCUGAGGCUGAAAGGGAAUAAAUUCCAAGCAGCUUGGGAAGGUGACGAGGCCCAUUUUUCCGUGGUGUUGGAGAGUGUGCUGGCCGGUCAUGAACAGUGGGUCUAUGGUCUGCACUGGCACCCUGCAACUUACAAAGAUGGGAGGAGACAUCAAGAGCCCCGCCUACUCUCCGCCUCCAUGGACAAGACCAUGAUCGUAUGGAAGCUGGACAGCGACUCAGGGGUGUGGCUUGAUCAUGUGAGGGUAGGCGAGGUGGGUGGUAACACCUUGGGUCUGUUCGGAUGUCAGUUUGGCCCGGAUGGGAAUGCCAUCUUGGCUCACGGAUACCAGGGAGCAUUUCACCUCUGGAAAAAAGCCAUUUCGAAUCCAGACUCGAUGACCGACCAGUGGUUUCCUGUGCCGGUGGUCAGUGGUCACUAUGCCGGUGUGCAGGACAUUGUCUGGGAGCCAGAGAAUGGAGAGUUCCUGAUGAGUGUCGGCUUGGACCAGACGACGAGACUGCACGCUCCCUGGCAAAGGGAAGGUUUCGAGACAACAUGGCAUGAGAUAGCGCGACCCCAGGUCCACGGUUAUGACAUGCAGUGUCUGACAUUGGUCAACCAAUUCCAGCUGGCCUCGGGAGCCGACGAAAAGGUUGUGAGAGUGUUUGAGGCACCGAGGAAUUUCAUAGAGAACUUCGGGAGGAUAUCUGAUGUGGACGUCAGUCAAGCUCUCAAGGACAGGAAGGAAAGUGACAUCCCCGAAGGAGCGAGCGUCCCCGCCCUGGGCUUGUCCAACAAAGCCGUGUUCCAGGGAGAGGCGGGCAUGCCAACCUCGGACCGAGAGAUCUCCCACCCCAGCGAGAUGUACCCAGAGAUCUAUUUCAACCCCCUCGAGCUAGCAGCUCCACCCACGGAGGAGCACCUGCUGCAGAACACCCUGUGGCCGGAGACGCAGAAGCUGUAUGGUCACAGCUACGAAAUCUUCAGCAUCGCCAGCCACCCCAACGGCAGCCUCGUAGCCUCGGCAUGCAAGGCAUCCAAGCCGGAGUACGCGACCGUGAUUCUCUGGGACACCACAUCGUGGCGGCAGUUGGGCCAACUUGCCGCCCACUCGCUGACCGUGACCCAGCUUGCCUUCUCCCACUCCGGCCGCCAUCUCCUGGCCGUGUCCAGAGACAGGACCUGGUCGCUGUUCCAGGAGAGAAAGUCCAACCAGCAGCCAGGCACUGGCUGUCCAUAUACGUUGGUGGCGUGCACAGACAAGAAAACCUCAAUCCACACGCGCAUCAUCUGGUCUUGUUCCUGGUCACACGAUGAUCGGUACUUUGCUACAGCAUCACGAGACAAGAAAGUCAUUGUUUGGGGUCAGAGGUCAUCCGGUCAGGAUGGGGAGGCGGCAGCAUCUGGUGGUCUGGGUAACUACCAGGCAUGCUCAGCGCCUGUGGACCUGAAGGAUUCGGUGACGGCAGUCGACUUUGCCCCCACCUUGAGCAGUGUUGACGGAAGUUACAUCAUCGCUGUUGGGCUAGACUCGGGAGCGAUGUCCGUACUGAAAUGGAACUCAGAGAAAUCCAAUGGCUGGCAGACGUGUUUCCGCUUCCCAACACAGCUGUGCCACACGGCAACGGUCAAGAGACUGAGGUGGAGGCCAAAGGUCAGAGGUGAAGACAAGGGCCAGGAUGGGAGGUCGCAACUCGCGCUGGCUAGCUGCGGUGCCGAUGGCAGCGUACGGAUCCACAGUAACACACACAACUCGUUAUAAACGUCGGUCACGUUUUAGUCUGAGUGUCGGUCUGUGAAAGUUUGGGACUUGUUUUUGUUGGAAACUCCCACAGUUUGCACAUACUGGCAUCCGAAUUUGGUCAAGUCUGGUGUCCAUUUGCCGAUUUCGUGACAUUUUAUUUAUUUUCACCCAAGGUAGAGUUGAUCUGUUGUUAGAUGUUUCAAAAGAAAAACCUGUGUUUCUGUGAUAGAGGGCUGAAUAAAAUGUUGCCAGGUUGUGUU